GCCGGUGGAGGCUCUCAAAUGAAUGGCACAACACAAACACACAAGCGAACGCGCUCAACACGCACGCAAACACUUCCAGAAAGCAACACUUCAACGUUCUCCUCCGGACCACAGUGGGGGGGAAGGAACUCUGGAAGUUAUCCGAAACGAGCGGGCCAUGCUUUAUUUGUGACCCCAGGAGUUUACCGGCGGCGUGGGACAGGAGGGAUUUUGGAAUGGAGUGAGGCUUCGCUCACCUCCUCGACCGUGGUGGUACCCUCAAGUCAGACUACAAAGGGACGUCAGGUCGGACCUCGUCAAAAAUGGAUACGUUCUUCCCGGAGGGCUCUCGUGUGUGGGUGAAAGAUAAACAACAUCUCCUCCCCUCCACUGUAAACUCAUGUGAUGACACUUCCCUGGUCCUCACCACUGACUAUGGAAAGGUGAUCUACCUGCAGAAGGCAGAGCUCACCAAGGACACGCUGUACCCAAUGCACCCAAGCUUCGUCAAUGGAGUGGAGGACAUGUCCACACUGGCAGAGUUGCACGAAGCUGCCAUCAUGCACAACCUCUUUCUGCGCUACCAGAGAGACAACAUCUAUACCAACAUAGGUUCGAUCCUGGCUGCUGUAAAUCCCUACAAGCAGAUCACGGGCCUGUACGACGGUGCCUCAGUGGUUUUAUACAGCAAACACCAGAUGGGGGAGCUCCCCCCUCAUAUAUUUGCCAUCGCCAACGAGUGUUACCGCUGCUUGUGGAAGAGACAUGACAGCCAAUGUGUGCUCAUUAGCGGAGAGAGCGGUGCUGGGAAGACUGAGAGCACCAAGUUGCUGCUCAAGUUCCUCUCAGUAAUGAGCCAGAAGUCGGCAGGUACGCCACCAUCGGAGAGGACCACCAGGGUUGAGCAGGCUCUCAUCCAAAGCAGUCCCAUCAUGGAAGCGUUCGGGAAUUCAAAGACGGUGUACAACAACAACUCCAGUCGUUUUGGAAAGUUCAUACAGCUUCACUUCUCUCAGAACGGAAACAUCCAAGGAGGCUGCAUCAUUGAUUAUUUGCUGGAAAAGAACCGGGUGGUGCGUCAAAAUCCUGGAGAACGAAACUACCACAUUUUCUACGCUCUGAUCGCAGGGGCUGACAAAGACCACAGAGAUAUGUAUUUGUUGUCUGAGGGUCCCGAGUCCUAUCACUACUUGAGCCAGUCAGGGUGCAUGCAGGACAGCUGCCUGGAUGACAAGCAGCUUUUUGACAGCGUCAUGGCAGCACUACAAGUGAUGGAGUUCAGUGAGGAGGAGAUCCGAGAUGUGUUCAAGUUGUUGUCUGCUGUCCUCCAGAUGGGAAACAUUGAAUUUAUGACAGCGGGCGGAGCUCAGAUCAUGUCCAAAGGAGUUGUUAGUAAUGUGAGUGAGCUGCUUGGCUUGGAUUCCUUCCAACUGUCUGAGGUGUUGACCCAGCGCUCCAUGAUCCUCAGAGGAGAGGAGAUCUGCUCCCCGCUCACCGUGGAGCAGGCCGUGGACUCUCGGGACUCUGUUGCCAUGGCGCUGUACUCCCAGUGUUUCUCCUGGAUCAUCAUGAGGAUCAACCAGACGAUUAAAGGCAAAGACAAUUUCAAGUGCAUCGGCAUCCUGGACAUCUUUGGAUUUGAGAACUUUGAGGUUAACCGAUUUGAACAGUUCAAUAUCAACUAUGCCAAUGAGAAGCUCCAGGAGUAUUUCAACAAGCACAUUUUCUCGCUGGAGCAGCUGGAAUAUAAUCGAGAGGGCAUCCAGUGGGAGGCCAUUGACUGGAUGGACAACGCUGAGUGUCUGGAUCUCAUUGAGAAGAAGCUGGGCAUGUUGGCUCUUAUCAAUGAAGAGAGUCGCUUCCCCAAAGGCACGGACUACACCCUUCUGGAGAAACUGCACAGCCGACAUGCCGCAAACUCAUACUACGUGAAGCCCAGAGUGACUGACCACCAAUUUGGCAUCAAGCAUUACGCCGGAGAGGUGCUUUAUGACGCACGCGGCAUCCUGGAGAAGAACAGGGACACCUUCAGAGAUGAUAUAUUGUUCAUUCUCAAAGACAGCCGCCUCGACUUCAUCUAUGACCUCUUCGAGCGCGUGGGCAGCAGAAAUGGAGAGGAGACAAUGAAGAUGGGCACAGCCCGACGCAAGCCCACCGUCAGCUCGCAAUUCAGGGAAUCCCUCCAUUCCCUGAUGGCCACAUUAAGUGCAUCCAACCCUUUCUUUGUGCGCUGCAUCAAACCAAACAUGGCUAAGAAAGCCAACCAGUUUGAUCCAGAUGUGGUCCUGAACCAGCUGAAAUACUCUGGAAUGCUGGAGACGGUUAAGAUCCGAAAAGCUGGAUUCCCCGUCCGCCGCUCCUUUAAGGAUUUCUACAAUAGAUACAAGACGAUCUUGAAAAACAAAAUCCAAACGGAAGAUGAGAAGCAGAGUUGCAUCGAGCUUCUCACACAUCAUGACAGCACAAAGAAAGAGUGGCAACUCGGAAAGACAAAGGUGUUCCUGAAGGAGGCCCUGGAGCAAAGGCUGGAGAAGGAGAGGGAGGAGGUGCGGCACAAGGCUGGCAUGGUGAUCCGCGCCCACAUCCUCAGUUAUGUGGCAAGGAAACAGUACAAGAGGGCCCUGGCCAGUGCCGUCACCAUCCAAAAGAACUACCGCGCUCACUUCUGGAGACGUAGUUUCCUGCGUCUCCGCUCGGCCUCCGUCGUCCUGCAGAAGCACCACCGUGGCCAGCUGGCCCGAUCUCUCUGCCGGCAGCUCAGGGAGGAGGAAAAACGCAAGCGCCGGGAGGAAGAAGAGAGGAGGCGCCUAGAGGAGGAAGAGGAAAGGAGGAUGGAGGAGGAGAGGAGAAAGGAGGAGGAGAGACAAAGGCUGCUGGAUGAGGAGCUGAAGAGGAAAGCCCAGGGGGAGCUGAGGCUUAUAAAGGACAAAGAGGAGGAGCAGAAAAAGCCUGAAAACAGGGACGUUAAAAGGAAUUCACUGGUGCUGAACGGUGCUUGUCAGAAGAAAACGCUGUCUCAGACUGUGUCCUACAACCACACCACAGAGGAGGAGAGCCGUCAAAUGGAGGAAAUCCUACGCCUGGAGAGAGAAAUUGAACGCCUGCAGAGACAGCAGGAAGACGGCGUGUCUUUACUGGGCGAGAUAUCGUGCGAGGAUCUACGGCAGAUACGUGAGGCUGAGAUCUACCGACUGGAGAAGGAGGCUUCCCGUGUGGCUACAGAGUUCCUGGAGCUUUUGGACUUCGGGGGCUUGGAGCCGUCGCUGUCAAGUGAUGAAAACCUCCACGACCUGACUGAAUCCACCGCUCCUCUGGCUGAGGAAGAGACAGACGAGGGUUUCCAUGCCGAGGACGAGUGCGUUCCUCUACCUGACUUUCCCCCACCAGCUAAAGAGCCCCUGGACAAGGAUGUAUUCCAAAGCCUCCCCCCGCCUCCACCGGCCUUUUCAGAGGGACUCUUGGCUAGCCCUCCAAUGGCUUCCCCUUCCAACGGACUCAAUUAUAUCUCAGACUCCCAAAAUCCCUUCUCUGCUCCCCCUGUCAUCACUAACAGCAAGGGCUCGAACUUCGAGCCUGUGAGCCAGGAGGCAUCCUGCUCCAACCUGCCCGAUGCAGAGUCGGACUUUGACCAGGAAGAGUUUGAUGAAGCUCACAGGAGCUCAGGUGCCAGCAUCAACAACGGCCACCUUACGGGUGAGGAGGUGCUACGCCAGUCAUCCUGCACCCACAACAGCCUGGACUCCUAUAAAGGCAGCUCGGACUCGUUUAUUGACAGCGACGAGGACAACGACGGCUAUGUGGACACAGACGAAGAGGUUUCCAACGGCAGGCUAAAUCUGUUGAAUGGCGUCGGCCCUCCCUACUUCCAUGGCUACCUGUACAUGAAAAGUGGUCUCAUGAUCCCGUGGCGUCGACGUUGGUGCGUGCUAAAGGAUGAGACCUUCAUGUGGUUCAGAGCCAAGCAGGACUCUGUCAAGUCGGGCUGGCUUUAUAAGAAAGGUGGCGGAAUGUCCACAUUGUCACGGCGAAACUGGAAGAUGCGCUGGUUUGUCUUAAGGGAGUCCAAGCUCAUGUACUUUGAAAAUGACAGUGAGGAGAAGCUCAAGGGGACUAUUGAUGUCCGCACAGCCAAGGACAUAGUGGACAAUCAUGAAAAGGAAAAUGCACUCAAUAUUGUCACUGACGAGAGGACUUAUCACAUCUAUGCAGAAUCUCCAGAAGAUGCCAGUGGUUGGUUCAGCGUCCUCAGUCGGGUCCACAGCGCCGGUCCGGAGCAACUAGUGGAGAUGCACCAUGAACAGGCCAACCCAAAGAAUGCUGUGGGCACGUUAGAUGUGGGCUUAAUUGAUUCAGCUUGUGCGUCAGACAACCCCGACAGACCAAACUCGUUUGUGAUCAUCACUGCCAACCGGGUGAUCCACUGCAAUACGGACACACCCGAGGAGAUGCACCACUGGAUCGGCCUGCUGCAGAAAUCUAAGGGUGACUCCAGAGGGGAUGGACAGGAGUUUCUAGUCAGAGGAUGGCUCCAUAAAGAGAUGAAGUUGGGGGUGAAAAGUACGUCUCUUAAGCUGAAGAAGCGGUGGUUCGUCCUAACCACCAACUCCCUGGACUACUACAAGUCAUCCGAACGUAGUGCCUCCAAAUUGGGAACACUGGUCCUCAAUAGUCUGUGUUCUGUGGUCCAGCCGGAUGAAAAGGUCUUCAAGGACACUGGGUAUUGGAAUAUCAUCAUCCACGGACGCAAACACUCAUACCGCCUUUACACCAAAAUGCUGAACGAAGCCAUGAGGUGGACAAAUGCCAUACAGGGAGCCAUAGACAGCAAAGUUCCCAUUGAAACACCAACGCAGCAACUCAUCAGGGACAUAAAGGAGAGCAGCUUGAAUGUGGAGGCAGUGGAGCAGACGUACUGGAGGAACCCCAUAUUGAGAUACACUCAGCAUCCUUUGCACUCGCCACUCUUACCACUGCCUUACGGCGAUGUCAGCAUCCACUUACAAAAGGAGAAGGGUUACACCAGCCUUCAAGACGAAGCUGUUAAGAUCUUCAACUCCCUGCAAGAGAUGGAGGCGGUGUCGGACCCCGUGCCCAUCAUCCAGGGGAUCCUGCAGACGUGCCAGGACCUGAGGCCGCUCAGAGACGAAGUCUACUGCCAGCUGAUCAAACAGACCAACCACGUCCCGCACCCCAACAGCCCCGCCAACCGUGCCCACUGGCAUCUCCUCACCUGCAUGAGCUGCACCUUCCUGCCCAGCCGCGGCAUCUUGCGCUACCUCAAGUUUCACCUCAAACGGAUCAAGGAGCUGUUCCCAGGGACUGAGAUUGAAAUGUUUGCGCAUUUCAUCAGCGAGUCUCUGAAAAAGACGAAGACCAGAGAGUUUGUUCCCUCCCAAGAGGAAAUCAUCGCACUGCUCACUAGACAGGAAAUGACCACCACAGUGUACUGUCACGGGGGUGGCUCCUGCAAGAUCUCCAUUAACUCACACACCACAGCCGGAGAGGUGGUGGAGAAACUGAUCAGAGGUCUUGCCAUGGAGGACAGCAGGAACAUGUUUGCUCUCUUUGAGCACAACAAUACUAUUGACCGAGCUGUGGAAAGCAGAGUCCUGGUGGCGGACGUGCUGGCUAAAUUUGAAAGAAUGUCGGGCAGUGAAGAAGCCGAAGACCAGUGGAAACUCUACUUUAAACUCUACUGCUUCCUGGAUGUGGAGAGCAUGCCAAAGGAGGGUGUGGAAUUUGCCUUCAUGUUUGAGCAGGCCCACGAGAGUUUAACCAGAGGACACUUCCCAGCCCGUGAGGAGACUUUGCAGCACCUGGCCGCCUUGCGCUUGCAGUUCCUCCACGGGGACAAAACCCGGGCGGCAUGGAGCCUGGAGAGCGUGUACCCUGUGGGUCGCCUGCGCGCUCGCAUUCUGCAGUACACCAAGGUGAGCACGGCCACGGGGUCCGGUCAGACUCUGGAACGGCGUAGAACCAGCUUCCUGGACGGGACCCUGCGCCGAGGCUUGAAGACUGGCUCCCUGAAGAAGCAACGAAUGGAGGAGGAGCAGAUGCUGGAGAUGUGGUUCAAGGAAGAAAUGUCGGCCACCAGGGCCAGCAUCGUGGAGAAGUGGUGUCGUCUGCAAGGUCUGCUCCAGCACCAGGCCAUGCUCAAGUACAUGACCAUCAUCAAGGAGUGGACCGGGUAUGGAUCCACGCUGUUCGAUGUGGAGUGCAAAGAAGGAGGCUUCCCACACGACCUUUGGUUGAGUGUGAGUGCUGAAAAUGUGUCUGUGUACAAGCGAGGGGAGCCCAAGCCCCUGGAGACCUUCCCUUACGAGCACAUCAUAUUCUUUGGAGCGCCGCAGCCCUGCACGUACAAGAUCACCGUGGAUGAGAGAGAAAUGUUCUUUGAAACGCCACAGGUUGGCGAGAUCACAAAGAUCAUGAAAGCCUACAUUAACAUGAUUGUGAAGAAACGAUGCAGUGUUAAGUCCGUGUCCAGCUACGGCAGCAACUGGAUCAGAUGAUCCUUGGGUAAAAUACUGCGCUUGAAUAUCUUGGCGCUCAAGAGGAAUGAAUCACAGGGAUGGUGACAAGGACUCAUCCAGCGAUGUUUCUCUUUUCUAAAAAAAAAAAAAAAAAAAGAAAAAAAAAUGCAGCAUUUGAAGUGUUGAAUGUCGCUUGGAAGAUGUACACUGGUCCCUUUUCACACUAUUCGAAUUGAACUUUUGCUUUUAACAAGCGAGGGCAAAUUAACUUGGCUUAUGUUUCAGAAAAAAACAGGUGUCAAAGUAUGCCGUGCUUCCCUAAAUAAUGAACCCUACUCUUGCAGCUUCAAUAUUCAGACAAUUAGAUGUGUGGCAAUGCCAGUGACAAUUGCUUUCAACACAAAGAAUUGUGGCCUCGAGGUUUGGGGUGUUCAAAGUUUAGACUCCACUUGCAGAUGUGCGUUAACACAGCAGAUAAUUACAUGCGUGGUGACAUCGCAGUUGCUUUUGACGCAAAUAGUUCUGACUCACCCUCGAAAGCAGUUUAGAAUUGCCCACAGUAAGCACGACAGGGGCUUUAUCUGACUAAAUAAAAAGCUUCUCCCCUCAUUUCAACAUAUUUCCUUGGAACCAAAAUACCACAAGAUGGCACCAAAGCAAUAUUUUUCCAUUGAAUUCCCUCCGCCCUAAUAGAUGCCGUUCAGUAAAUGUAAUUUUUUUUUUUUUUUAAAUGGACAUCCCCCUUCAAUGAAUGUUCUCACCGAAUGGAGAUUCCCUCAGGUGCAUUUGUAAGUAGGACAGCUUGCCUUACUGAGUGCUAUUUUGAAUUUAUCACUUGACUCGGGUUCGUGCAGCCUUGACCUUUAACUUCAUCCCCCCGAGUAUGAAAGAAACAAGUGUGGAAAAGUGAUGAUUAAGAUAACCACUGCACUUUUGCCGAGACACUAACCGAGGAAUUAGCCUAAAACGGUAGCUACAGUGUAUAUGCGUUUGUACACUAAAGUGUUUUUACUGUGUUUUUAAGGGGUAUUUAUUUAUUUGCAGUACAGAUUGACUUGAGGAUAAUCCAAGUGUGUUAGCUGCAGUUUUGCCAGUAUGAUCGAAAUGCUUUGGGGCGCACUCGGCAUUCACAGGAAAUACAUAAGCUGUUCAUGUUCUCAAUUGUGUGCCUUGCAGCUCAGCAAAUGUCCAAUAUUAAAACUUCCCGGUGUGUGUUGCCUUUAUAUACACAGUCAACACACAUUUUACAUGUCAUUCCUAAUAGUAGUAAUAACCCAAACAUAUAGAUUGAUCUUAGUAUAAACCUGACAUGGUUCUUCCUCAUUUGUCAUUGUGGCGUAGAUCUUAUCUGGUCAGCUGCCGGCGGCCACGCCAGACUCACGUUGCCGAUGACGAUGACUGUAUCUUCAACUUUGAUCGUUUUCCAGUAGAAACAAACAAACAAAAAAAAAAUCAGCAGAAAAAAAAUUUCUAUCAAAAAAAAAUUUAAGAUGCUUUAAUAAAUUAUUGUAUUUCAGAAA